GCCAGUUGUGUCGCAGCGGCCCAGGGAGUCUCUGUUUCCGGGACUGGGUGAAAUGGCGGAGGCGGCGGCGCUCGUGUGGGUUCGCGGCCCCGGCGUUGGGUGCAGGGCGGUGCGGGAUGUCUCGGCCGCGUGCUCCGUCCAAGACCUUAUCCACCGCCAUUGCCAAGAUCAGGGUGUUCCCGCGGAAUGCUUCUUUGUAAAGUGCGACGGCUCGCUGGCCGACACCAGGGACCCGGUGCGGCAUGGAGCUGUGUACAGUUUGGAGCCCAGACUUCGCGGUGGAAAAGGAGGCUUUGGGUCUAUGCUCCGAGCACUCGGGGCGCAGAUUGAGAAGACAACCAAUCGAGAAGCUUGCCGGGACCUCAGCGGCAGGAGACUACGAGAUGUCAAUCAUGAAAAAGCAAUGGCUGAGUGGGUGAAACAGCAAGCUGAGCGAGAAGCUGAAAAGGAGCAGAAGCGCCUCGAACGACUGCAGCGGAAGCUGGCGGAGCCCAGGCACUGCUUCGCCAACCCCGACUACCAGCAGCAGUGCCACGAGAUGGCUGAGCGCCUGGAGGAUUCCGUCCUCAAAGGUAUGCAGGCUUCCUCCAGCAAGGUGGUAUCAGCAGAAAUGGGUGAGACUCGGAAGCGGCCCAACAAACCCGAAGCAGACGGAGGACCCAGUGCCCCGAAAAGGAAGUGCUUUUGGCUGGGCAUGGAAGGCCUGGAGACUGUGGAGGGGUCCGGCUCUGACAGCUCCGAUGACGACAGUGACGAAGCCCCUGGCACCUCGGGAAUUAGCUUGCCUGCUCCGAACAAGGACAGUGCCGGAGUGGAGAGCGCAGGCGGGUUUCCCGGGAGUCCUCAGAGGGCCGGAGUCCUGAGUACAGACUGUCGCUCACCAGAAGCACUUCAGAGCCCCGGGGCUGGCUCUGGGCACGGUCUUUCAGAAGACCUGUGUGCCCAGCGGGGGGACACAGCUGCGCAGGAGCGUGUGGAAAGCAAGGGGGCUGCAGAAACGGAGACAGCCCGGGAGGAGAAGGAGGCCGAGAGGAGCGGCCCCGGAGAAGCAGCGGCAGCCGGGCCCGGACCGGGUACGGAGAAGGAGGCAGAGGAAGUGACCGAUGGGGAGCGAGCUGCCAGGGCAGCACCUGGGGAAGACGGCGAGAGCAUUCCCAGCGCCAAACAGGGGCACAGCCAGGCCGGAAGCACAGCUUUGGGUCAGGAAUCUGUGGAUUUGCUGGCCUUCAGCUCCGUUGCAGAAAUGGAGUCGCUGGGUCUGGAGAAGCUCAAGUGCGAACUGAUGGCCCGGGGGCUGAAGUGCGGGGGCACCCUCCAGGAGCGGGCGGCCAGGCUCUUCUCCGUCCGGGGCCUCGCACAGGAGCAGAUAGACCCCGCGCUGUUUGCCAGGCCCCCGAAAGGGAGGAAGAAGUGAGCUCGUGAGCGGAUGUCCUGUUUCUGUCUGGUCCAGCACUUACAACCUGCCUAACGGGGACUCCUGGCCCUGAUUCCUGUUGAUGCUUAGCUGACUUUUUGACGAGCCAGUUCUAAUCGUCCGCUUUCCCGUUAAGACAUUUAUAGAAUUAAUGGGUGAAACCCUCUGAGCCUGACUUUGUGGGAAGGGUUUUUAAUAACAAAUUUAAUUUAAUAAACAUAACUAUUCAGA